GGAAACACAUCUGAUCUGAAGGCUGUCUAAGCAUGCUCCGCUUUUAAGAUGGAAAACCACACAACUGCUUUGGAUUCAAGUUAUAAUCACAGCAGCAACAUCAGCUACCCUGUCUAUGACACAAAUGAUUAUGGUGAUGACCCUGAGGGUAGCAACACAGACCUGUUCUGCUGGCUUGAUAACAAUGACAGAGGAGUUUUAUUAUCAAAGAUUGUCAUCGGCAUCUUUUUCCCCAUGUCCCUGCUGGCCAUCUACAGUCUCUACGCCCAGAUACGAAGUGAACGUGCUGUUCCAGUUUUCAUCAUCAACCUUCUAAUCUCAGACAUCCUCCAGGUCACAUGCAAGGUUGUAAAACUUGCAUAUGGCAUGCACCGUAUGACAGACGUGAUCGCCUUUAUUUAUACUUACUUUGGUUUUGUUAUAGCCAGUGUUUUCUUCAUGACUCUCAUUGCCCUUGAAAGGUAUGUGAUGAUUGCCCACCCACUGUGGUACAGAUUCAACAAAACAACUAAGGUCUUUGUUUCAGUCUCUAUCGUCACCUGGAUACUUUCUAUAUUAAUGGGCUUUGUUAUUGCUUUUAAUAUUAUAUCCACUGUGCUCCUCCCCCUCCCUUUCAUGAUAUUCUUCAUUGUUGGGACCUUCAGAGCUCUGUCUACAGCUCAGGCCGUACCAGCUGCUGAAAAGAGACGCAUUGUUGCAGUUUUGGUUGUGGUGGUUUUGAUUUAUUCUGUGAUGUUUUUGCCCAUAGUUUCUUGGAAUUUUUCGUGCAUGCUAAUUCAGAUUAGCCCUCUGACAGAUAUGUUUCUUUACAUAUUUUUGAAGAAAUGGUUCAUAGACAAACUAUUAACUUCCCUGUGUUGCUGCAUUAAGGACAGUGAUGAAGCCUAGCGGAGAGUUGAUGAAACAGGAAGCUCAACUUCAGACCAUGAAUGCCCAUGAAACUUAGAGGAAAAUACAAUAAUCUAAAGAAGCUACAAUCAACCUUCUGUCAUUGUUACAAAUAAUCCUCGAGAGCUGUGACCUCCACUUUUUUCUUAGAUAUUAUCACCAUUUAUUA